CCUUCUUGUUUCUCAAUCGGGAGCAACGCCUUGGUUCUUGCCAUACGCUAGACAGAACACGCCUUUACUCUCACAUCAGCUCUUAAUAUCGUCUCAACUGUAUCCUUAGACAAACAUGCCCGUUUCUCGUUCGCUCCAGCGCCGCAGGAGGUCCUCGCUCGGUGUCGCUGCCAGUCUCAGCUCCAUCAAGCCAGGCAACUACGGAAUCACGACAUCACCCCGCAACGUCACCUUUGCUCCAAACGUCACCCCCGGCACCUUCGUCGAGGAAACGGAGGGAGCAGAAGACUAUGCAACGGAGGUCCCCUCGCCCUCAGACGCUCUCUUCCCUCCUGCCGAUGCUCUGAACGCCGCCGCCCCGACGCGUCGAAGGCAGCCGCCAGGCAAGCGCCGUUCCCAGGGCUACAUCCCACGCCCGCCAAACGCCUUCAUGCUCUUCCGCGCAAACUUCGUCCGCCAAAAGCACGUCCCGGGCUCGAUCGAGACCAACCACGGUUCGCUGUCCAAAAUCAUCGGCAACUGCUGGAAAGCCCUGCCAGAGGCGGAGAAGAAAGUGUGGGAAGCGCGUGCCAAGAAGGCGAAGGCGGAGCACAAGGAGAUGUACCCCAACUAUCGCUUCCGGCCGGUGCACAACAAGAACAAGAGCAAGCAGAAGAAGGGAAAGGUGACCCUCGACGAGCCCGAAGAGCGGCGCUGCGAGGAGGUUGCCCAGCUGCUCCUUGAGGGCAAGAAGGGCGACGAGCUCCUUGCCGCAGUUCGGCGGCUAGACCUCGACCGUCAGCAACCUUCGUCGGCCUCGGCCAGCCCUAUGCCUGCUCCGUAUCCCCAGCUCGCGAUGCCCGCGCCGAUGUACCCGAUGUUCCAGCAGCACCGUCGCUCGUCGUCAGCUCCGCCGGGAGCCUUCCACAUGCCGAUCGCGGUCCCGACCUUGCAGGAUUACUUCCCCAGUCAUCCUUCGUCUCGGGCCGAUACUCCCGUUCGCAACAUUGCGGGCUAUCGGGACAUCAGGCGGCCAUCGAGUGCUGGUCCGUCGUACUACAUGGACUGGGCCUCUGGCAUGGCCAUGUCCGGGGCACCGGUGACCUUCGAGAACCUGCAGCCCGACAACGAUCCGCUUCCUGAUGUCAACACGGCGUUCUUCAACCCAGGGUUCUCAGUGUCUGGCUUCGGCGGCGCCCAGGACAGCGCAAUUUUCGGCGACCCUGGCGCGAACACCUCGCUCGCUCUCAGCAUCGGCCCUCUCGACGGAGGCUCCGUGGACCCGCUUUCGGACACGCUCUCUCCCUCCUCGACCACGACGUCGUCCACGUACCCGUUCUCGGCCAUCACGCCCGUGAACGGCAUGCCGUGGAUGCCGCACCAAGAGGAGCUCACGCCGUCCGCGUCGCCCUCCGGCUUCUCGGUGUCACCCCCGCCAGCGCACAACUUCGACGCGCACCAGGACAUGGGCAUGGGCAUGUACGCCGCCGUGCAGGCAGAGCAGCUCUCGUGGGCGUCGCAGGACGUCGCCGUCGCGGGCCACGACGGACUCGCGUACGCCCAGGCGGCUGAGUACGGCGACCCGCGCGUCGCGAUGAACGAGUACGCGGUAUACGGCGUCGAGCAGCACUACGCCGGCGGCGGUGCACCACCCUGUGGCUUGGAGGCGGACGGCUUCCAGUACCAGGACGAGAUGCAGUACCACCACCAUCCUGUCGAGAUCUCUCAGUACUAGACGAACCCUGAUACGACCCCGGACUUGACCACUCAUCCGUCUUGGGUGAUACCUGUUAUUUCUUCAUCGCUGUUCGCUCUGUGUUGUUGUUCCUUCUUUCCAUUCACGAUUGCUGCAACGACCUGCGCAUUUGACGGAUUGUUUUGAUUCCCAGACAUACUUGUAGCCGUAUCUCGCCUCGUUACCCCCCUGUGUAGCAUACCACCGUACGUUAUACCUGUGUAAUUCUCGCUUGUGCUUGUUAUCUACUUCUAAUAGAAGUAUUAUCUCCAUGUC